UCCAAUGAACAGCGGCCAAUGCGGUAUCCACAUCCGACCCCGCUCCCUCGGACUGCUCUGUGAUACAAAACCAGCAUCCCUGUCGAGUACUGCGCCAUCGCCAGUGACGUUAGGUUAGCCCGGUGGUUAGAAGCUAGUAGCCCGCUGCUCAGGGCAUUUAGUACCCCUGAAUCGCUUGUGCUAAAAAAAAGGACGUUCCAAAGUAACGUAUUUGACCGAUUUUACAGAAAGCAAGACAUUUUACUCGUAAAGGUCGCGUAUAAAUCGCGAGGGGCGAAGGUUCGAGACACCAGCCCAAACUGAACCCAGCCCACAGUGUCAAACAUCAGACAGACGACAGCCCUGCACACAGACGCUAUGGAUCGUUCACCCACCACUGCCAGCCUGAUGGCCGCCAGCAACGUCACCAACAAGACGGACCCGCGCUCCCUCAACUCCCGGGUCUUCAUCGGCAACCUCAACACCCUGCUGGUCACCAAGGGCGAUGUCGAGGCCAUCUUCUCCAAAUACGGCAAGAUCGUGGGCUGCUCCAUCCACAAAGGCUACGCCUUCGUCCAGUUCGCCAACGAGCGGAACGCCCGAUCUGCCGUCGACGGCGAGGACGGGAGGAUGAUUGUCGGACAAGUGCUUGACAUCAACCUGGCCGGAGAACCCAAACCACACAGGUCAAAAACAGGCAAACGCUCGGCUGGAGACAUGUACAGCAGUUCCUCGUUUGAACUCGACUACGACUUUCAGAGAGAUUAUUACGACCGAAUGUACUCGUACCCGUCCCGUGUGCCCGCUCCCCCUCCCCCCCCCUUGUCCCGGGCCGUGAUCCCGUCCAAGCGGCCGCGGGUCAGCCUGAGCGGAGGAAGCAGCCGGCGAACCAAGAGCAGCUUCACCUCUUCCUCCAAGAGGACUUCCUCCUCCAGAACCAUGAAAGUGGACGAGCUGCAGGCCGUCAAGCGGGAGUUAACCCAAAUCAAAAGCAAAGUGGACGACCUGCUGGAUAGCCUGGAUCGCAUGGAGAAGGACCACGGCAAGAAGUCAGAAGCUAAGAGUGUAAAAACAGAGCCGGGCGAGGUGACUUCACCUCCGCACCCAAGCAACAAGGAUGACGGGUCCAAGCGAGAGAGGGAGAGCCAGGUGAUCAACGACUCGGAGGACGACGACGACGAUGGCGAGGAUGAGGGAGACCUGCUGGAGGAGGAGGAAGAGAUGAAGAGUCAGGAGAGGGACGACGAUAUGGACGAUGAGGAGGAGGAAGGCGAGCACGUGGAAGGUGACGACGAUGGCGACAGCGUCAACGGCGAAGAGGUCUUGUAGGCACGGACCGCACCGGCCACGCAUGCAUCGUACACACAGCUUCCAGUAGGAACUCGGACUCCUGUUUUAACUCAUGUUGUAGAUACAUAAAAAAUACAACACACACGCACACACACAGGCAUGGUGCACACACACUGUUGUCCCAUUGUCCCUAAAGCUGAUUUGUGUUUGUUAUUUUGGCCUUUUGUCCAGUGUUGCUGUACCAGGGAUAACUAGCUGUAGGUUUGGGUUUGUGUUUUUACUGCGUCGUUACUCGUCUUCAUGGGGACACGGAAACAUGGACUGUCUAUGAUCUCCAAGACGACAGCUCAGCGGACAUGUCUUAACGCGAGGACGAACACCCAGCUAUGAAAGACCGUUUUUAGGUUCAUUGUGUUUGUAUUUCCUCUCAUCCGUGAGUUUGUUCGACCUCGUGUGUCUGUAUGUUAAUGUCCGUUUUUUAUACUAUUCAGUUUCAGUUUAACUGUAAAGGAAUAAAUUGCAAUAAAAUAUUAAAAUGGAAAGUG